AUGUCUCAGCUAGCUGACAAUGAAACUAUAUCAACUACUUCAAUUGAAACAUCCAAAAUAUAUAAAGGAACAAUUGUAAAAUACGUUUAUGGUCGUAAAUAUGGUUUUAUAAAAAUUUCAAAUUUCGAAAAAACAGAAAAAAAAGAAAUUUUCUUUCAUAAAUCUCAUAUUAUCAAAAGCAAUUUUAAACCUGAAGUAAAACAAGGUGAUAAAUGUCAAUUUGAAAUCGAUGAAGGAAUCAAAGGAAGUAUUGCAAAAAAUAUUAUCAUCAUUUAUCGUCCAAUACAUAAGAAUACAAAAAAUAUAAAAUACACUAAUAUAAUGCAAGAAAAUGAAUUCAAAGCAAAAUUAUUUAUUGAAACAAUGUAA